AUGACCGCCGUUCGACCACAGCCUGGGGCUCAGGACAAGCAGACUGUACUGUCGCAGUCCCGCUUCCCUCUCAUCCUGGCAGUCUUUUAUCUCUCUUUGCUCGUUAUCCCAUGGGCGUUGACCUGCAAAAUCGCGAGCCAGCCGUCCUUCAUUGUCCAGACUUAUCGCCACAACUAUAGAUACUAUGUCCAGGACGGCUGGAACAUCGCCAUUAAUGUCCUCAACUCACUCGCUGUCGGCCUGUCGCUGCCAAUCCUCAGUGCGCUGCUGGCUCGUGCCGCUGUCGUCUUCUCGCAGCGCCGGAAGCCCGGCCAGACCCUCACCGCUGCUCAACUCUUUGCGCUCGCCGAUCGCGACUGGUAUAACUUCCACAAGGUUCUGUCUGGGUCGUCAGACUUCUUGUGGUUUGGCUUCGUCCUGCUUUUUGUAGCGAUUCUCUUGCCUCUUGUCCGGUCGGGUGUCGUGACCUACGACAACGUCCCUGUAUCAUUACACCUCCCGGCGCAGUACGACAACCUCGGUGGCGACUUUCUCGGCUACACUCCAAGCCCCGCGGCUUUGAGUUUGCCGUCUUCAGGCCGUCAGCUCGAAGUAAUUACCGACACGCGCGAUAAACUGAGGAAAAGUACAGGAGGGAUCGAGCUGAACCUGUGGCCUGUGUGCAACGACGACAAGCCUGACAGCACUUGCGGCUUCAAGUACGGGCCGUACGACAUUUCACAGAGUACCCUCAGCAAUUUCUGGGAGGAGUACUGGGAAAAGUUUAUCUCGGGUUCUCAUCCUUACGAGACCAAUGGCUCAGCUUUGAUGCAUGCCUCGACCUUCAAGGCCGGAUCAUCGAUAGGGGUUUACAAAGAUAAUGAUCUCGGAGCCUAUACACUCGGCUUGAAGAGCGGCGUAAAAUGCGAAGCAGUUUCUGCCCAAGAUAUCGAGACCCAAUGCCUCCGAUCUACUGGCACCACUGAGGAUUCGAUUUCUGCGGCUCUCGGCUGGCAAACAAGUCUAGACAUCGCAGACGAGCUACACCUUGACAUAUGCUACCCGGAGCUCGAUAAAGAACCAUGGCAGGAUGCUGAUGCGUCUCCAUGGAAGCCGAUCAACUUCACUGAACACCUUUACAUUGGCCUCACGGACAAUUCUUCGCGCUGGGGAUGUGGAGAGGAUAGUUGGGGCGGGUCUAACUGCCCGUACAUGGGAACCGACGCUGGCCUUUAUUUUCACUGCCAGUCCGAAACUGCGCUCAGUUAUUUCGAGGUAGGGAGUGCCAAGACCAAGGGGACGCCGUCUCGAUUUCUCGACGAGAUGCCCGCGGAUUUCGAUAUUCCUCGCCCGGGAGACAAGUGGGACCUCACGUACCCAGACGUUCCGUUUGCAAGCUAUGAAGGCCCCCUGAAGUCGGCAACAAUGGCCAUGUUCGGGAACGAUAGCUGGCUUGACACGCUCGGACUUGUCAUGGCACAGGAAGAUGCGACUAAUGCGACUGCUGCUGCUGCGCUGGUCAUGCUCUGUGGACUGCAGCCCCUUGGCAACAUCGACACGUUCAAUUACAAUUAUGGCGUCGGUUGUGAUUGGGACACGUACCAGUCGGCGACGAGGUACUCGGAAAACUCUUAUCUCUACGCAAAUUCUAUCCGGAACUUCUUUACACCAUUCGCCCAGCCUAGGCUGGCCAGGGCCUUCCUCAACACAGCGACUUUCUAUGCGAACGAUGCCUUACUCUCGCAGGCAAUGGCAGUUUCGUAUGUGUCUCGCGAUCUCAAAUACCAACAAGAAGAGAACGAUGACAGCAUGCUUGUACCCGUGAUCAACUUGGGUUCAAUCAUCUUUGUAUCCAUCAUCCUUGCCCUGCAGGUCGUCGGUAUCGUCCUGCUCCUCAUCUACAUCUACAGCAGCCCCGUAUGGACCAAGACCCUCGACGCCCUGGCAAUGGCCCGCGUUGGCGCCCAGCUGUCGGCGCUGGACGUGUUCCUCGUGCCCCGCGAGACGGGCACGCUAGGGCCAGCCAGGCUGAGCAAGAAGGCUGAGAGGCAGCUCCGUCAGAUUGACGGCCUGAUCGGCUCGACUGCCCCACGCGGAGACCACGAUAUCGAGGCGACGACACUGCCGCCGCCGUAUGCGCCGCGGGGCGAGGAACCGAGCACCAGAGAAGAACAAAGGGCACAGUCGGGAGCCACACAGCGGGACACAUCCGCACCGGAGAACGCUGCGCCGGCAUACUCGCCACCUGCCGACGAGCACACGACGCGAACGGAAGGUGGCGAGACCGACGUCGCUGAUGAGCGUGGAGGUGCAAGCGAAACGGCGACAGCCCAUGCGGCGUCGUCCGACUCGCAGGAUGCAAUGAACCCGCCUGUAACCACACUCGAGGCGGUUGCAGUUGGAGGACAAGGCUUCAUCACAAAGCGGAUGUGGAAGAAAGGUGGCAAAUCUGGGGCGAUACCAUCACAACCAACGCAGUGA